AUGACUAUCCCACUGAGUCGACUAUCCACCGUGGAUCCGCGGCAACCUGCAAUUAGUGGCCAUAACCGGGGCCUCUUGAACGCCGACGUCGUCCCGAUCAACGACAAGCAGAAAGUCUUUCUUGCCGGUUCUGGCCCUCCGUCGCCAAUGCAUCGCGUACAACCUCUGGACGGAUCGCAUGGUCCGCCCAGUGCUCCAGCAGUCUACGAGCAGCCAUGGCGCCCUCCGUACUCGUCUUCUUAUGACGGACAUCCUGCGGACCAGCGUCGCACAUCGAAUGCUCCUCAGCCUGCGCUCCCACCUCACGGAUACCCGAUCAACCCAAACCGGGAGCUGCCGCAGCUCCCACCAGACGGUCCAUAUGCCCGACAGGGCAGCUUGCCUGGUCCGGUGCAUACCCCCCCGGAAGCCCCCACUCCUCAUCCCAGCUUUCGUCCUAUGAACGGAACCCCCCAUGAGGCCGCACCCCAUUCAGCACCCCCCGACUAUCGCUCGCGGAUGUCUUUUACACCUCAGGAGCCUCACAGCAAUGGGGACGCUCCGCUCCCUGCCCACACAUUACCCCCGACUCAGUAUCCCACUCCGGUUCCGCAUUUGUCGCAUACUCCUACACCGUAUGACUCAGGUCUUUACGGAAACCAGGCCUACGGGAUUCGCCAGCAGCGAAAAGCUGCUCGGGCGCAACAGGCCUGCGAUCAGUGCCGAACGAGAAAGGCCAAGUGCGAUGAAGGCCGGCCUGCUUGUAGCCAUUGCAAGGAGAACAACUUAAUAUGCGUUUAUAAAGAAGUUCCCCCUCACAAGCAAGAAAAGGCGACACAGCUUCUUCUGGACCGUAUCUCUCAAUUGGAAGACGGUCUCAACGAAAAGAUCGAACGCAUCAAUGCACUCCAGGUCGAGCACUCGAACCAACUCACUGCGCUGUAUCCUCGGUUGAAAGAGGCUAAAGCGAUAAGUACCAAGGAGACGACAGAGAAGCCGGCCAUUCCUCGAAUAUCGAAGGCGGAUAUACCUGAUAUCUUACAAAAGACCGAAACCAAAGAAGAAGACAUGAACGCGAUUGUCGGACAGGAGCUUGAAAGAGCUGAAGGGGAAGUGAUCCCGCAAGGCGAAGACGGCGAUCUUUCAAUUCCUGUUGAGCAUACCACUGCAGCCCACAAGUUGCUUUCGUGGCCGUCUAUCAAGGCUCUUCUCGAACCGAGAGAGUACGACGAAGAUUAUGUUAUGAAGCUGGAAGAGGAGCGAGGAUUGAUCCUCGUUUACGGCCGCGGCGAGGGACACGAUACUAGUGAAAGCCCGGCAAUGACAUUCUCAUCAUCAUCAUCGUCCCGGUCUAACUGGGAUCAAAGUUACAGCAAUGGUGCUCCUGCUAGCGGCCAAUGGACUCCAGGCGCCAUCCAAAAUGGCAAUCAUCUCAAACCCCUCGGACCCAGUAUUGAUGAUUUUGGAAUAUUCAGCACAGAUGCCAAAACCGUUCGUCGUUAUCACCAAAGCUACCUGAACCACAUGCAUAAGCUUCAUCCAUUCAUCAACCUAACCGAAUUGAGCGCAAGCAUCGAAUCAUUCAUUCAGAAAUACUGCUUACCUGACGUUUCUGUUCCGGUUAACAUUCUGAACAGCCAUACCGCCGGUGACAUCCCACGCGGUGCGAAGAGGAAGCGUUCUUGCGAUACGCUACACGGUGCUGGAUGCGACAUCCAGUUUCCUCCUGGCGCCAAACACGAAAGCGCUAGCGGACGUCGUGUGGAGAAGUCACUGGAAAAUGCUAUUGUUCUCUUGGUUCUUGCACUUGGCAGUAUUUGUGAAGUUCAGGGAGCCAUCCCUGGUCCAGUUACUGACACGCCCGUGGACUUUCAGAAGGAGCGGAUUCCUGGACCGUCUACACGCAGCAUGCUAUCAUCAGCAGAUACAGAAUUGGUUAUGCAGUCACAGGGAAGUUUCUUCUCGCAGACAAGUAACCAUUCUUUUUCACCUGCUACCGGGGGGCAGAAGGCUGCCCCCGAUCGGUCGCCAUACCCCGAUAAUAGUCACUUACGGAACGUGGAUGUCAUUCCUGGCUUGGCAUAUUAUGCGUAUGCCGCACAGAUCUUGGGGAGUUUGCAAGGCGCGAACGGGCUGUAUCAUGUUCAAGCAGCCUUAUUAGCGGGUCUUUAUGCAGGGCAGUUAGCUCAUCCUUUCCAGAGCCAUGGAUGGAUCUACCAGGCGGCCAGAGCAUGCCAAGUGCUUGUCCGAUCGAAACGGUAUGAGCAAAUGAAUGACGGCCCGCUGAAAGACCUGUACAACUUUGCGUACUGGACCUGCCUGCAGCUCGAGAGUGACAUCCUUGCCGAACUAGAUCUUCCGGCUAGUGGUAUAUCUCGCGCGGAAGCACGGAUUGAGUUGCCAAAGGGCCGAACUCUUUCUCUACCUAACGACCCUGCUGCUCCGAACACCAUGAUGAUGUUCUUCUACUCUGCCCAGAUCCAUUUGAGAAAGGUCUUGAACCGUGUUCACACCGAUUUAUACAAACGGGAGCCCUUGGCUAAUGAGAAUAGGUGGUCUGCUAACGUACAGGAGAUCCUGAGCAUGAACCUUGAAUUGUGGAGAAGCAGCUUACCCGACAUAAUGAGGUGGAAGGACGCGGACCCGCCACAUGAGGACAUAAAUGUUGCUCGGAUGCGAGCAAAAUACUACGGCGCACGCUACAUUAUCCACCGUCCCCUCCUUUAUUGGGCUCUGCAUCAUUCGCAUCCUGCCGAAAAUGGUCGAUCAGCGUCAGUGGACUCUCCUACCGGAUCAGCGAUGUCGGGAGCGAAGUCGCAGCAGGUCUCGCCCUCAAUGGCGCACAGCCAACGUGCUAUCAAUAUGGCGCGAUUGUCUAGUGAUGUUGGUACCAUGGGUCGAUCGGCACCGACCCCAACCCCCGUUCCGACCGGAUCGCGACCAGCACUUGCGUAUCGCGAUCUCAACCCGAAGCUACGAAGAGCGUGCAAAGUGUGCAUAGAUUCCGCCAUAUUGAGUACCGAGGCUUUCGAUGGCAUCAAAGGUCGGCCGGUAGUAACUAAUAUCUUCGGCACAGCGCAUGCUCAAUUCGGUAACAUGCUGGUAUUGUCAGCCACGUAUAUGUCGAGUCUUUCAGAGUUGGUUGACCGAAAUGACCUUGAUCGGUUGCUUAAGCGAACAAUACGCUUCCUCCUUCAAAGCCGCGAGAUAUCGCCAACCCUACGCGCCGAUGCAAAGAUCCUCAGCGAGAUAUAUGAGAAGAUCUUUGGAGAGCCAGCCGAUAUCGUGGCUCCAUAA